AUGACAGGAGCUUAUGUGAUAUGGAAUGUUUGUUCAUUUCUUUAUUCUCUAGAUGACAAAAAAAGUAUGGUUGCAAAUGUGGAAAAGCAGAUGGAAGAAGCUCGGGAACUGCUUGAACAAAUGGAUCUUGAGAUACGGGAGAUACCACUCCAAAGUCGUGGCCUAUUCAGCACCCGAAUGAAAAGUUAUAAACAGGAAUUGGAAAAACUUGAUAAAGAUUUUAAAAGGUCACGGAUCGCCUACAGUGAUGAGGUAAAUCUUCGAAAUGAGCUCCUAGGGGAAGAUGGGAAUACCUCUGAGAACCAGUUGAUAAAAUUGCGUGAAGAGAGAGCGUGUCUGUUGGAUAACACAGAGCGGUUGGAAAGGUCAACACGGAGAUUGGAGGCUGGAUACCAACUAACCGUUGAAACUGAACAAAUUGGACAGGAGAUCCUAGAGAAUCUUCACCAUGACAAAGAAAAGAUUCAACGAGCUCGGGAAAGGCUGCGUGAAACUGAUACCAACCUUGGUAAGAGCUCCAGGAUCUUGACAGGAAUGUUGCGAAGGAUCAUCCAGAACCGGAUCCUCAUGUUUAUCCUGGGUGCCAUCAUUCUUCUCACCAUUGUGCUGGCCAUUUAUUUUGCUGUCACAGGCCACUGAUACGUCUCUAUUCUUCUGUGAUUAAUAACGACAAACUGCUUGUUCAGUGUAAUUAGGACAAAUUGGUCACAUGAAUCAUCUUCUUGCACUGACAGAUUCUUCUCUACUGUGCAUCGACACCAGUGCAAGCCAGGCAAAAAUGUUUUUUUGUAGCAUUGUUUGCUUAUUUCCUUUUGUUGUUGAGAAGGUGACUUUAGUGAAACUGGGAUUGUGAGGAGUUACUGCAUGUUCAGUACUAGUAGAAGGAAAGUAGAAUCAUUUCAAGUCCUGUUGUGAUGGGAUUGUAUGUUGGUGUGCUCCAGACCUUUGUGUAUGUGUGUACAAUCUGUCAACAGCUUGCAGGUUAUAUCUACAGAGGAUAAAUGAUGGGUAACUGUGGUUAACUAAAAAAUAAAACAUAGAAUGACGCCCUGACAUGCACAAUUCCCAAGUCCAAAGAACAAGUAGAUUGCUUAAUUCCUGACGUCAUAUUGAUUUAGAAUUUAAGUAUACACCUAAUUAAUGAUUGUGACACUCCCUCUCCCACAAAUGCAUCAUGUAACAUUAUGGAAAAUGCAGUCAAAUAUUUAAAAUAAAAUUGGAAAUAAAUCACUAACCUUCAGGUCUUUCUUGCAGUAAUAAAAUGCAAUAUAAUUAAAAGAUGCUAAAUUGCAAUUAAAAUAUUGAAAUAUAAAUCAACAUUCAAAGCGUUGCUACUACAAUUUUAAAUGCUUCAUAUAAAGACAAAAAACCCAGAGCAUGCCUGACGUCAGUUCAUAGCUACACGAUGAAGAGCAUUUGAAAUUCUGUUUAAGGCAGGCUGAAUUGUCUUAUUUUGGAACUGGCUUGGUGGGGGGCUUUCUUUGCUUUUGCUUCAGAGCUGAGAGCUUCAAAGGCUGAAAUUAAUAGUGAACAAAAUUGUGCAGAUCUGACCAUCCCAUGUGGGUAGAACCCAUUGAGGUUAUCAUUAUCUUAAAUUCCACCAAUUCGACAAACCUCAUCAGAUAAUGACCUCUAUAUUUUUUAUUACCAUGGCAGCACAGAUUGUCAACCCCACAGAAAAAAAAAUUGCAUUCUUCACAAUACUUUUUUUUUCUCUCCAUUUUUUUAAAACCUGUCAGAUCAUUUCAGUAUUUCAAACCUGAAGAAAACAGCCUGCCUGGAAAUGUAUUUGAAGUUGUAAUAGUGUCAAAAAGUCACGGUUGACUGACAGAUGUCAGUCCCAGUGGACCUCAUUAAAUCAUAAAAACUUGACAAGAAAAUAAUUGUGCAUCAGCAACAACCUGGCUGCUGUUUAAACAUUUUAUUUUGUUUCAUUAUUAGGAUCAACUAUUUUGUUCAUUAAGAAAUUGCAUUAAACAACAGUUUUGUGGCUAAUGAUCUGUUCUGGGUUUAUGUCUGUUUUCUUUAAACAUCAGCUGCGUCAUGUGGUUUCUUUGCAGUCGUGCUAUCAUCUGGCAGAGAUCCACCACUCAGAGCUGCGGGUGCCAUUGGAAUAUAAAAUGGAUUAUUCAUUACCAACCUCCUUGUGACUUAUUUGGUUUCAUGUAGUGGUUGAGGGUUUCACUGUCUUCUGCGGAGAAGAUGAAAACUUGUCAAAAAUAGGUUAUAUCUUAUUCUCGGGGCAACAAAAUCAGUGGGUACACACAUGCUUCAAUGUUUAAUGAAUGCAGAUUUUAACCCCUUUACAUGACUUUGACUGUGAGCUCUGCAUCGACAAAGAAACCUCACUUUAAGAAAGAACUGGUAGUUAAUUGGCAAUCUGGAAGUGUGUCAUGAUUUAUAAAUUACUGCUAACUUUAGGUUAUAUUUUCUAAUAAUGAGAUAUAUCAAAAAAUCCAUACAUAUUUAUACACUUACAUUUCCACACGUAUUAAAAAAAAGCAGGCUUAAUUAUGUGUGAAUUUUGGCAUUAUUGUAAUGACCGUUUGCAGUUGAACAUUUUCUGGGCAUUUAUUUAUUCAAUCGAUUUUGUACAAA